AUGCCGCGUCUCGGCCGCGUGCUGCUGCACACGGACGCCGCCCAGGCCCUUGGCAAAAUCAGGGUCAACAUCGAAGAGCUCGGGGUGGACUACCUCACCGUCGUGGGGCACAAGUUCUACGGGCCGCGCGUGGGAGCGCUGUGCGUGCGGGACCUGGGCGCCGGCACCCCGCUCGUCCCCAUGCUCUUUGGGGGCGGCCAGGAGCGCAACUUUCGUCCGGGGACUGAAAAUACCCCCAUGAUUGCUGGCCUGGGCAAGGCCGCGGAGUUGGUGUGUCAGCACCUGGACGAGUACGAGAGGCACAUGCGGCAGAUGCGAGACUACCUGGAGGAACUGCUGCUGGCGGCAUUUGGGACCGAGCGCCUGCACUUUAACGGCCACUUCUCGGGCUCCGACCGAUUGCCCAACACCUGCAACGUGUCCAUCCUGGGCCCCUGCCUGCAGGGUGCGCCCGCACUCCUCACUCGCCAGAGUCGUCUGCGCCAUUACUGCGCGGUCGUUAAACUUGUUUACCCAUAA